CUCCUUCUCCUUCAACUGCACACCCCUCAAGACUUGCUUCCUGCAAUGGCGGCCAAGGCUGCGUUGUUUCUGGUUACUUCUUUUCUCUUACUUACUGCUGCGAAGGCUUUAUAUCCCAGUGAAGAGUUCUUGCAGAAGAUCACUUAUUCCCAAAUACUAGUCGCCCCAACACCAGCUCCUGUACCACCAGUCGCCAAGAAUCCCACUCCUGCACCCCCAGUCAAGGCACCAACUCCUCCUUACCCACCAGUGGUCAAGGCCCCAACUCCUGCCCCGCCAGUCGUCAAGCCACCGACCCCUACACCACCAGUGGUUAAGCCACCGACUCCUUCUCCACCAGUAGUCAAGCCUCCAACUCCUCCACCAGUAGCCAAACCCCCAACUCCUCCACCGGUGGUCAAGCCCCCAACUCCAUAUCCACCAGUAGCCAAACCCCCAACUCCAUAUCCACCAGUAGCCAAACCCCCAACUCCUUCUCCACCAGUGGUGAAGCCGCCCACUCCUACGCCACCAGUGGUGAAGCCGCCUACUCCUUCUCCGCCAGUUGUCAAGCCUCCAACUCCUGUGCCACCAGUGAAACCACCGAGUGGUACACCAAUGCCCCCAGUGAGGACAAGAGCAGAUUGCAUCCCGCUUUGUGCAGAGAGAUGCAAAUUACAUUCCAGGAAGAACCGAUGUGCGAGAGCUUGUGUAACUUGCUGUGACCGAUGCAAAUGUGUGCCACCAGGAACUUACGGCAACAGGGAGAAAUGUGGCAAGUGCUACACCAACAUGACUACCCGUGGCAACAAGCCCAAGUGCCCCUGAAAAUCUGGAAUAUAUAUCCCUUCAUAGCGUAUGCUAGCCUUGAUAAAUUAAGUAUGGUGAAAUCAAAGUUUCGAAGCAGGGGAAAAGGGAAAAAAAAAAAAAUUAAAAAUUAAGUGUUUGUCUCUGAUCUGGCAUUAGAAGGACGUACAUUGAUAGAGCAGUCAGUGUUGUCUAUUGUCCUGACUCCUGAGGCAAAAUGAGUGCUUAUCUUCGCUGUUUCCUGGAUUUUGAAAUGUCGAUUGCAGAUAUUUAUAUGUGUGUUGUUUCAGUAAUACAAGUUUUUUUUUUAA